GCUGAUCGCAGAAAUCCAACUUCUUCUUCGCUCCGAAGUCAACUCUUCUAUGUACUCUCCUUGGUUGACAACAUCACGUGGAACACGAAAAAACUUACUUUCUCAGCGGUGGGCCGUAUCUUGCCCGUUUUAUUGCCACAUCCGACAAUGAGGCAAAGGACCACGAUGAAAAAAAUUAAAUUUCUUCGCUAAGAAGGCUAGAAUGUCGUACAGAAUGUCCCAGGUGUUGAUUAGCACGAGUAGCACGCAUUCUGCGAUGGAACACCAAUAUGGCGGAUGAAGUUGGUUGUCAUGACGAUAUGCAAAUUUCAUCACGCGAGUGAAAACGCUCUAUAAAAAUCCUUGUCCAUGACACACUCAAGAACCUAGCCAAUCAAAUGAUUUCCUCGUGCCAAGUCCUCGCUGACUAAGAACCUCUGCGGACGAGAAGGUUCGUCGUCAAAAUUUGACGAACUGUUCAAGAAUGUUAGCAAACUUGCAACGCGAAGAACGUAUAGGAAGUGGCACGUUUGGAGUCGUUUACAAAGCCAAGUUGGAGGAUCGAUUGGUAGCAGAGAAAGCACUUCACGAGCACCUUUUCAAAUGUCACGACCGGGAUAGACAUGUUGCAAAAUUUGAAGCAGAGUGCAGGAUUCUUGCAAAACUCAAACACAAGAACGUCGUUGAACUGUUAGAAUUCGCGAUUUUUCAUUCUUCGCCUCCAGUGCUUAUCACUGAACUCUUGGAUCGCGACUUAGGGAAGUAUAUUACUUCAUUGCAUCCUGAGAAGAUUCCGUUUCCAGAGGCAGUCUCGAUCAUGUCAGAUGUAGCCGAUGGGCUCGCUUAUCUUCACGAGCAUAAUCCACCAAUAGUGCAUCGAGAUUUAGCUUGUAAAAACAUUCUCCUGACAAGGGAAAAGCAAGCUAAGAUCGCUGAUCUUGGUCUUGCUAAAGUGUUUCCACGUAAUGGAAGAAUGCAUGCCUCUCCGCAACCACUAGGAACACCAGUCUAUGCCGCCCCAGAAACGUUUUCCCCGGAUGGACAUGGUUAUGGCACUGAUCCGGUCGAAUACGAUGUCAAGGUUGAUAUUUUUUCCUUUGGAGUUAUUUUGAUGGAGGUUAGCAAUGGCAGUCCUCCAGUUGUGGAACCAGCGUGGCCCAUCACCAAGGAUCGCGAAAGAAUUCCAGAAAAGAAGCGACGUGAAAGUGACAUAAAGAAGAUGGAUGAACAUAAGUUGAAGGAAAUUGUACUUCGGUGUAUUGAAGAUUUCAGUAAGGACAGACCAAGUGCUGAAGAGGUCUCCAGGUGCCUUCAACAUGAAUGGUCCAAGAUUCAACAGAAACGAAAUAUUGCUCAUAAUAUUCAAGUUGCUCAAGUUCCCAAACUUGAUAUUGCUGUCCUUGGUCAGUCCUACGCGGGAAAGUCAUGCCUUAUUUCACGCUAUUUUCACGGUAAGUUUGAUGAUAAAAUUAUACCUACGUCUGCUUUAAAAUUGCGUACCAUGAGGAUUGACCUCCACGACAAAGAGUAUCGCUUGCAAAUUACAGACACUGCAGGAGAUGAAAAGUAUCACAGCGUUAUUCUAAUGCCACUAAAGCACUGUCAAGGCGUUGUGCUGGUCUUUGACUUAACAGAUCGGCCUUCCUUCGUUGAAGGUAUUCCUGAAAUGAUAAAGCUGGUUAAGCAGAAUGCACCAGAUAACACGAGCUUGAUUUUAGUAGGGAAUAAAGCAGACUUAGCUGAUGCCCAGAAAAGUAGACGAAAAAUUGUAAAGAAAGACGCAGAAUUUUUUGCAAAGGAACUUGGAAUUCGUUACAUCGAAACGAGCGCUUUGUCUGGGCAAAAUGUCGACAGAGCCUUUGAACUGAUUGCAAACGAGAUCUAUGACACCUUGGACUUGUCUGAUAUCGACACUUACACUACCAGUACAGACAACAUACAGCUCACCAAUGAAGGUGUUCCAGGCGAUAGAACCUUUCUGCAGAAGGUGGUUGACUGUUUUACUUUUAGGUGGUUGCGGGAGCGGUGGAGAUCGUAAAGUGGCGAAUGGCCACGGCAACGGAAACGGAAAUUGUAACACGGCAAAAGCAGCAACAUUGGUACCAAGUAAAAAUUCCUUACCGCCUCUGAUUGAAUAUAUUGGACUCUUGUCAGCAUAAGACUUUCCGCUGUGGUUGGGAGAAUUUAAUACAAGACUAUAGGCGUUGUUCGUUUUGUGAUGAGUGACGUUAUUCUCAUCACCUGUUUGCCUGACUUGCAUUGACUUUUUGAGGAGACAUAAGUUGCUGAUCACUCAAGGCUGAAAGGUUUGGCAUCUUUACAGAAAACUUGAACAUAACACACUUUACUAAGUUAUUCUCGGUAUUGCUGGCUUUUGAUAGACCUUGUUAAAGUUCUUGUGGGAUGUUUUUUUUUAAAUUGAUACAGGUUUUGUUUUCCCUUCAAACCCGGGAUUGAUUUCGUUUGCAAGAGGUCAGUCUCGAAGACAUGAAUUUUUAUGGCUCAGAUUGUACAUUAAAGUUGUGGCUUUUUGAAAAA